GGGUGCCUGGACUGGGGGGAUUGAGCUGGAAGGAUGGGUCGGGAAUUAUGGCCUGUAUCUGCCGACGAGUUGGACCCCGAAAAAUGUGUGCUUGUUACCUCGGAGCUCCAGCGGAUCCACGCAGACAUACAAGCGUUUCCGCCUGUCGACCUUAAUGAUCUUGUGGAGAAGAUCAUAUUAGUAGUGGAAGGAUGUCAUUCUCACUGUCCAAUAACGUCAACCGACUACGAUUUUUCUUUUCUCCAAAAGUACCUCGUGUGCGAAUUAGAAUGUUUCAAGGUGUUAAAUAGUAUUAUGAAGCAGCUGGCAGUUCACAAUUCAAGAUUGGAUAUCCCCUGGAAGUCUUUGGGACGCAAUACGUUUACCACUCUUAACCGCACAUUUGUUCACAAAAAGGCAUUCAUUAGUAAUCAUAAAGGUGACAUUGAGCGCUUGAUGAGCGAGCUGCCUGAACUUGACAUGAUCUGGCAACAGGCCUACUCUAUUCUACAAUUGGCAUUGGAGCUGUCUGCUAUGGGUUCCCCUAACAUUGCAGCGACGAUGCUGGAUAUCGUCGCAUUCGCCGCACGUGAGAACGAGCUACAGAUGCUCAAUCAAACAUGGAAGCAGGUUCUACGAAUAUCUCACAGCGCUGCUCACAGCAAUAUAGAGAUAAUUUCCGAGAUGGUGUCGACUUUGUCCACUGCCUAUGUUGCACAUUUGAAGAAGCUCAUUGAACUGAGCAACCCCAUAACGAUGCUACUUGGCAUAGCAAACUGGUAUCUGUCCCAACUGCAUGCGCUGCUACGGACAUUGGUGAAAACCAACAUGAUAGAGGCACUCGCACCUGGCAUUGCGAACAUGAUUUUCCUUUCCAGUAUUCUCUUUUUCCAGGGUGAUCGACAAUCGCUUCCACAGUGCGACCAAUUGUGGCAAUUGACCGGCGGUUGCAUUGCUACUCUUGUACAAUCGUCAAAUACCGACGAAGAAAAAAGGGCAAUAUCCAUCGCGCAUCUUCUGCUGGGUGGACACGAGGAAGACGUGAAGAACAAUACUCCUUUCUCUUUCACCUCUUCAGAUUUCAACGCUUCCAAAGUCUUGAUAUCGUCUCUGAUUUUUCGGAGUUUCGAUAGUGCCAGUGCAGAUGGACAAUGCAGAUUUCUUUCUGAUGGAGACGUCCGCCCCAUCGAUGUCUUUUUCUCCUGCUUAGCCCAAACAAAUCCUGACGACUUGACACGAUCUAGCGGAAAGAGAGACUGCAUGUAUAAUGUCGCGUUGGUUGGGCUGUGUGUGUUCAUGCAUACGCUGUAUUCCGCCGCCUUUAGUGCACUCGAGAAGGCUAUAUUUUCAGAGUUGCUCUCAACUACACCCAUCUUGAGUUUCAUGUUCGUGUCGGACUUGGUCGGCUACAUCUUUCUUAAUGGUUCACAACACGUAUGCGAGCGAUGGGCAAAUGAGCUCUUUCCUUCCCUUCUUUUCCAUUUGGAGGAGAAUCUCUCCAUGCGGAUGCGUUUAAAACUUCUGACCCAUCGGAUAUGUGCAAGCCGACAGCGCGAUGAACCUGACCUACCCUUUACACUCAACCAUAUUCAAUUGGACGAUUCUCUGGUUGCCCCUUGGUUGCGUUAUUGUGCAUGUAGCGCUGACGCUGCGGUCUCUGCGCAUAGAGAAGGACUGUCAUUUACGGACGCGUGGGACUAUCUUUGUCAACAGCUGGAGGACGAUAGUGACCCCCAACGAGUUCUUCGGUGCUUUCAAUCUCUCCGUUUGCCUGCCAUGUGCUUGGUGCAACUCUGUGAAUCUCUGAAGGGGAAUGAUGCUGCGCUCUUUCACCAAUCGCUAGCAGAUAUAGUCAACAUUCUUCCAAUCUUGUUGGAGGGAAGUCAGACUGCGGUUCAAUUGGCAGCGAGCGAUUCGACAGUCGCUACCACUUGGCAGAUUGUUAAUACUAUCAUUAGUAUUGUCGGCUUGGCGGCGAGCGUAUGUACCGCGUGCGACCCGGCUGAUAUUCACAGCGUGCUCGAUGCACUGAGGACCGAAAGCAUAUGGGAGUUGCUACCUGAGCCCAUAGUGUACAGACUCAUUACGGCGCACGCACCUGUGUCCACGUCCUCCUCUUACAACAUAUUGCCCGAGUUUUUUGAAAAGGGGCUGCAUCACUCUGAUUGGACAGUUGUUCACCAGGCUCUCGAUAGCCUCUUUCGAUAUUCUGCCUCGUCGCCUCAGGGUCCACCGGCAUUACGUUCUGACAGUCGAAAUGCGAUUGUGGAGUUUAUUCAGAAGAAACCACACCGGCUAGAAGGAGUACGAGAGGCUCAGAAUCAAGAAGAGAUCAUCGAGAGAAGAAAAUCUUUUCCCUUGGCGCCUCUACGAAAGAUAAAAUCGCAGUGCUCACUGCCCAUGUUCAGGUCCGCGGUCGAGGUCCCAAUAGAGAAAUCGGUGAUUGACAUAGAUGAAAAAUUGGAUGCUAUUCACGAGUUGGUGCUUCGGGACGAUUACAAGGAACUGCUCCUUCUGCGGCAACAGAAGCUGGUAGACAUAGUAGAUAGCAUUCAAACACUCCUCAAUCACUGAUUCUAGACCAAACGGACAAUGUAUGUGCAAGAAUGUGAAAAGUUGACAUAUUGCUUGCCUCUCAAUCCAAAUGCUUGAACAGAUCUGACAAAUCUGCGUAAAAUGCAAAUCAAUCAAAGUUGGCGGCUCGGUCAGAGACAGUGUCUACGUACCAGUAUCGUCACCCAAAGAGUAUAGAUUGUCUGCAAAUUGUAAUCCGAUCGUCAAUUGGAAUCAACUGUGGUUCUAAAUCUGAAGCAGACAUACCGAGGGCUUCAUUAAUCAAAUCGUGCCUGGCACUCCUAUGAUCCCGUGCUUUACUAUAUGCCAAAAGCGCGUGUUUGUUAUCACCGAGUUCCUUGUAUAUCUUCCCCAUCAAAAGAUAAAC